UCUGUCACAGAAGUCACAGAACUGUAAACGAUAUUUUAUUUUUGUUGUUUUAUUUUUUAAAAUAAAAGAAAACUUAGUGCGGCAUAACUAUAAUAGUUAGACAUAUGCUGUCGCGACAAUUUUUGUAAAUAAUAAUGUAUUUUACAAAGUUGUUGUCAUCAAUAGUUAUCGCAGGGCACGCGAUGUAAAGAAUAUAUUAGACGGUAAGACCGCUGCUUUCCUCUAUAGUCGAGAGUACUUAGCACUCGGACCUCUCCUGAAUUUUGUACCAGAAGAAGAUUUAUAUUAUGUAAAUUUUGGAGAUAAAAGCGUUCUUAGUUUUUUUGCGAAUCACAACUUGGGCUUGCACUCGCGAAAGUACGGUAUACUUGCGGCUUCAUACAGACGUUACUAUGGCGACAUGUGGUAUGAGGAUAGUGAUUACAUAAACGAACUGGGAUACUUAAUAUGCGGUUUCCCGGCGCAUAUAAUAAGCAAAAUUACCCCGGCUGUGUUUAAAAAGAUCGACGUAGAAAUUUUUAAGAAGCUUAGCUUGUGUUCUGUUAACCAAACGAAGACUCUUUAUAACUUAGCGACACAUAAAAAUGCCUAUGGCAAGCCGUACAAAUGGUCAUCGCAUGAAAUCACAAAACUGGAUAUUCUUUUCAUUUGUGUACCUAAAGAAUCGAUCAGUUCAAUCAGGCUUGAAGCGAUCCCAGCCAUAAGCAAACACAUAAUGGAAAUGAUACAUCAAGAUAAAUUGGAAUAUUUCACGAAGCAACAAAUACUAAGAAUGAACCCAGAGGCGCGCCGCAUGUACAUCAUAAGGGUACAAUUGAGAACCAGUCUCGACACUUCUCAAAUCGCCAAACAAGAUGCUAAUGCAAUAAAAAAAUCUGUUCCUCUUGCUUUAAUUUACGUUUUUACUCUAAUAUUAAAAUAAAAAAGUACGUUUUCAAUCA